AAUUCUACGGAUGUCUCGUGUGGAGCACGAGUUCCUCCCUUUCUCUCUCUCCAACUCCUCUCCGGGAUACAAAACCCUAGAUUCCCGGCGAGAGGAGAGGAGUGGGCGUGGAUGGAUCAGUGGAAGUCGACGGAGAGCCUCUUCCCCGCCGACCAUUCGUCGGCGGCGGAGAUCGCCGGCGAGGUCUCCCGUCGCCGCUCCGGCGACGCAGGCCCCGAUCGGUCGCAGAGCCCGUGCCCGAAUCCCAGCCAAAGGGUAGAAUAUGAAGCCAGAAGUUCUAUUUCUGCACGCAAAGUUCAGAAAGCUGACCGUGAAAAAUUGAGGAGGGACAGACUAAAUGAACAAUUCCAGGAAUUGGGAAAAGCUCUAGAUCCAGAUCGACCCAAGAAUGAUAAGGCUACCAUUCUCACUGAUACCAUCCAGAUGCUUAAAGACUUGACUGCUCGAGUGAACAGAUUAAAAGCAGAAUGUGCUUCUCUCACCGAAGAAUCACGCGAGUUGACACAAGAGAAGAAUGAGCUUAGAGACGAGAAAGCCACUCUAAAAAGUGAGGUCGACAAUUUAAACACUCAAUAUCAGCAAAGGAUUAGGGUUUUAUAUCCCUGGGCUGCAAUGGACCCUUCAAUUAUGAGUUUAUCUCCUGCUUAUCCAUUUCCAAUCUCAGUUCCAAUUCCCUCAGCUCCACUUGCUAUACACUCAUCACUUCCACCAUUUCCCUUUUUCCGAAAUCCUAGUUCGGGACCCAUUCCCAAUCCCUGUUCUACUUUUAUGCCAUAUUCUCAGCUUUGCCAUGCUCAAGUUGAUCAGCUAUCAAGUCAACAGUCUCAAUUUCCACACCCAAGUAGCAGUAGAUCUCGUCCCGCUGGCCAACAAGAUUCAAGAAACAAGUCUUCUACUCACCAACAACCAAGUUGCGGUGGAGAGAGAAGUGAUAAUCAUAGUGAUGUGGCAACGGAGUUGGAACUAAAGACUCCUGGAUCUGUGGGCCCUUCUCAUUCAAAAAUGGCAAACGAUAAGGAUUUGUCUUCUGAAAUGAGGAAAGGGAAACAGAGGCAGCCGGAGAAGAAAGAGAGCGGUUUUGCUGCAGAGGGCAGCAGUUCAAGCCGGUCUUCUUCUUCCAGUGGUGGUGUGCAGCAGAGCUCUUCUAACAGUGUUGAGGAUGGCUCAGUUGCAGAUAAAUAGCUAGACCUGCGCAAAUGGCUUGAAGGGAUGCGUUCCGGCCAAGCCUGGUUUCAGGCCUAGACGAGACUAGGUCGGGUCGGAUAAAAUAGAAGAGAAUCUUGGGCGAGGGGGUAACAACUGAGGAAAGAAACAAUGUGUGCUCCGCUGGAUUUUAUCAAUCCUCUAAAUAUCAGACCUGGGCCAGCCGUGCGAGUUUGGGCUGGUCAAAUGUGUCAGGCCGGAUUUGCUCAAGGCUAUCAACAAUUAUCAAAGAGCUCAGCUUUGACAACUGUGAACAACCAUUCUUGCUGAAACGAGACCGAGUUCGAUGAUUCAAGCAUGGUUCUUCUAGCAUGAAACCGUCAAACAUGCUAAAAAACAUGAAGCGAUACCAAGUUCGAUGAUUCAAGCAUGGUUCUUCUAGCAUGAAACCGUCAAACACGCUAAAAAACGUGAGCUCAUCAUAAUGAGAAAAUCCGCUCUGUUAGUAAUUCCACAUCGGCUAGGAACCAAUAAUCUGAUAUCAUAGCAGGUGUCUCAUAAAGAAUGCUAUAAUAUUUUCAUAUAGAGGACGGCAAGAUGAAAAUAGUGUUGCUUCAUUGGCAGUACUUUGAUUUGAGUUGUUGUAUACGGUUCGUACAUGUAUAACCAGCCUAAAGAAAACUCUGUGACAACUUGCUUUGUAUAAUUAUGAAAUUUGUGCAAGUAAAUUGGACUGUGAACUUGUAAAUACCUACUAAAGCAUCAGCCGUAUCUGCAAAUUUCUUGUUGUUGA